ACUCCGAGAAGACAUCUCUAUAGAAACGAUCGGCCUUACAAACCACCAGCUCGCUCUAUCACGAUGAUGACUACUGGCUCCUUGGGAGAGGAUGGCAUCCAUGUCGACAUGAACCACCUCAAGAAGGGCGAGGUCAAUCUCGGUACCUCCAUCAUGGCAAUCAACUUCAAGGACGGCGUAAUAUUAGGCGCAGAUAGUAGGACGACAACCGGAGCAUACAUUGCAAACCGUGUCACCGACAAGCUCACACAAGUCCACGACACAAUUUGGUGUUGCAGGUCCGGUUCUGCAGCAGACACGCAGGCGGUGGCUGACAUUGUGCACUACCAUCUGGGCUCAUAUGGCAUCACGAACGACGAGCCACCAACGACACAGACGGCGGCAGCCAUAUUCCAGGAGCUCUGUUAUUCCAACAAGGACUCGCUCUCGGCGGGCAUGAUUAUUGCGGGAUGGGACUCUCGACACGGUGGCCAAGUGUAUUCAAUUCCUCUCGGUGGUUCUCUACACAAGCAAUCAUACGCAAUCGGCGGUUCUGGAUCAACAUACAUCUACGGUUACUGCGACGCAAACUGGAAGGAGAACAUGACUGAGGAGGAGGGCAUCCAGUUUGUCAAGGGCUCGCUCUCAGAGGCUAUCAAGUGGGACGGGAGCUCAGGAGGUGUAAUUCGCAUGGUCGUGCUCACUGCCAAAGGCGCGCAGCGGCACCUGUACCUGCCAGACCAGAGCUACGAGGGCCCUGGUAAGCAGUAGUUGCGUGGUGGUGUUUGGAAUCAGGAAAGCCAUGCGAACCGCAUGUUGUGGGCACACGACGGGGCUGAAACGUCGGCAGGGUUAACAAGGUUUUUACACCCCUCGUCGUCCGCUCGCCCUUCAUCCUUUGGACAGCCUUGAGAAAUGUGCGUACGAGCGUCUUUGAGGUGUGUAGGCUCGGCAGCCCUGAGUGGCAGGUGCCAACAUGAUAGUCCAAUGAGACAUGACCGUUAACUCAUCGCCUUGUUCUGAUGGGAAAGCUAUAGCUACGACAAGAAGCAGGGCAAAGCAAAGCUGGGGAACAGUAUGCACCUAUUGAUGCUUGCACAUGCAUGUGAUAGGCCCUGAAAGG